AUGGGACUAAAAGUCGCAAUUAUCGUGGUCGCAGGAGCGGGACCUUCCGGUCUUGUCACUGCAAAAACACUUUUGCACAACUUUCCUCAUGGUACAUUCUCUCCUAUCAUUUUUGAUACUCGCCAUGAGGUUGGUGGUCUUUGGAUGGGGGCCUUGGAUCCUUCCAUGAGGACCAAUCUGAGCAUGUUCACGGUCGCUUUCUCUGAUCUGUCAUGGGAGUCAGUAAUGGGAAAUUCUGGGAUCCCAAUGUUCCCACAAGCGAGGCAAGUAGGGCAGUACUUGGCUGCAUAUAGAAAGCGAUACAUUCCGGAUGAUGUGCUGAGACUCGGGCAUCGGGUUUUGAAGACUGAACGAACAGCCGAGUCUGCAUCUCCAUGGAUGAUACAGUGGAGGAGAGAGAGUUCCGAUGGGAGUUCUCCACAUGAAGGAAUCGAAUCAGAAGAAUUCGAUAUGCUCGUUGUGGCAACCGGCUACUUCGCUCAAAAACAUAUCCCGUCGAUCCCAGGAUUGGAAGAACUUGCACUCGCUGGUCGGGUUGUCCACAGUUCGGAUCUGCAGAACAGAAAGGGAUUCCUUCGCGAAAACGACUUCUUAGCUCAAGGAAAUAUCGCUAUUAUCGGCGGAAGCAUGUCCGGAGUGGAAGCUGCGUCUGCAGUGGCGCUCCACCAAUCUUCAUGGAAGUCUCACAACGAAGGUCAGGCUGACAAGCACGUCGUACACCAUGUUCAUUCGCGCCCUUUCUGGACCUUGCCGACUCAUCUACCACACGAAACCUCAGAAACCGUUUCCUUCUUGCCAUUGGACUUGGCAAUGUAUGAUCUCGGCCGUCGACCUCCAGGCCCAAUUGAGUAUGCAUUGGGAGUCAUAUCCGAAGAGAAAGUUGCGAAAACCAAUGAAUAUUUCAGCUCGCUACUGGGAACCGAAUACAAAAAAUAUGGACAUAUGUCAGGAAAUUCAAGCCAAAGCAUGAAUUCUCGGCCCCCGUGGGUGGCGAUAGGGAACAGCUACGCGGAGUUUGUUAGAUCCGGAGCUAUACAAUCCACAUUGGGACGCGCAAUGUCUGUGGAGACGAAUCAAGAAACACAUCUGUCUACUAUCGAGAUAGCCUCGGAUGGACAAACACAUACAUUGGACAACAUUGCAGCUGUUGUACUGGCCACAGGAUUUACUCCAUUCGACUCACUAUCCCUUCUACCCAAGGACGUCUUAGCUGCUCUAGAAUACAGCGAAGACGAUCCAUUUCUGCCACUUGUGCUGGACAAGGGCGGUACAAUUCGGUCUGAAAUCCCAGACCUUGGCUUUGUCGGGUUCUACCGAGGUCCAUAUUGGGGAGUAAUGGAGAUGCAAGCCAGAUUCCUCGGUGCGGAAUGGGUCAAGAAAAACCGGCAAGUCUCGACAACAGAAGACCAGAGACAAAGCCUACGAGUCUUGAGAUGUUCGGAUACAAAUUCCCAGCGCGGCCAGUUUCCGAUGGGGGACUAUGUAGGGUUGAUGGAGUCAUUUACCAAGGAUCUGGGAAUUGACCGUGCGGGGCUGUCAGAAGAUGAUAGUCGGUCUGGCCCAGCCAUUCCUGCUCGCUAUACUUAUAGUCACCCAUCCACUACUGCACAAGAAGACAUGGACAAUGAGAAAGAACGCACGCUGGGUGCGUUGAAGGCUCUGUCCGAUCCAAAGCAUCAAAAGCUGCAAGAAGCUGCUGCAUUGGCCAUCUUCCGAGCCCUGCAUGGAGCCUGGAUAUUCUCCCGGGAAUACAUAACAGGAGAGAAAGAGUCUGGAACCACCACAUUUUCUCCACGGUACCCAUCGAGUCCGGCAUAUGACCGGGAAUAUGUUUGCGAUGAACGUUUAAAUUUAGACCCAAACAAAUUACUAUCGUCAUCUUCUACGAUCCGCUCAAUCUUUCGGUUGUCGGAAUCCGGAGCUCAGGAUGAAAACACAGAGAUCGAAGUUUUGGAAAAUGAUACUUUGGUCGCGGUUGGUGGAAAUCCCAAGCGACUGCACCUCACACCUUUCUACCUCAAAAGGGUUGAUGGACAAUACAUCCCGGGAGAAUAUGUGAUUCGUGCCAAGCUCUCUGGAACUUCCCUGGGAAUUGAGCGUGAAGCUAAAGAUAUUACUCUAAGCGAAUACGAGUAUAUUUUCAAUUUCAAAGGUGUCUCGAUUGCCAGUUGGGAGCGGCUUGAGCCGACAUAUGACACCACGGGGGCCGAAGGCCAAGCAUUUACACAAAUUCGAACCAUAUACAAGAGAUAG